AUGAGUGACUUUUGGGAUAACAAUAAAGAAAGUAUUUUCAAAGGUGCUAAAGCUGCUGGUAAAUAUAGUUAUAGAGGAGCAAAGUUUGUUGGAAAGACAGGCUACAAUGCAGUUCAGAAUCAAAGAAAUUCCAAUAUUACAAGGCAACAAGGAGGUUCUGAAGAUGGGAAACAAUCACCAGACUUUGGAGAGUCCAGGCCAAUAACUGCAUUAGCGAAAGCUGAUAGUUUUCCAGCGCCACCAUUGAAGCCAGGUCAAAAUCAAUACACAAGUAAAUCGAAGACACCACCUACAGCUCAAUUGGCUACAACAGCUCAAGCAACUCAGUAUGAUCCCAACACAGGACAAGCUAUCCAGUUUACACAAACACAGGCUCAAGAGAGACCGAUUCCAACUCCUGGUCAACCUCCUGUGUAUCAACAGGGCCAAGUGGGUCAAGUACAAUAUCAACAGACUGUGCCAAUCGAAGCUCAAUAUCAGCAAAAUACAGCUUAUGUCAAUGUGGCUCCUCAAAAUAAUCAAUAUGAUCCUACAACAGGUCAAUUGAUUAAUCAACAAGUACCACAGCAGCAAUGUCAGCAAGCUCCUCAACAGAUUUCUCAACAGAUUCCGCAACAGGUUCCUCAACAGGUUCCUCAACAGGUUCCUCAACAGGUUCCUCAACAGGUUCCUCAACAAGCUCCUCAAUAUCAACAAAGGGCUAUUCCUCAAGUUCCUCAAGUUCCAUCAAGAUCAUCUACAAGUGAUGAAAAAAGUUCAGGAAACAUUCAAAUUCCUGCGAGCCAACUUCAAAUAUCAGGUCAGAACAUUCAGUUGCCAGCUUAUUCCAUUAAUGGAAAACAAGCUAUGAAUUUUGCUGGUAAAUUUGCCUCAAGUUUUGCAGCUGCUCAACAGAGCCAGGCUAAUCCAAAUCCACAAGAACAGCAGCAGCAGCAGCAGCAGCCUCAGCAAAAUGUUCAACAAUAUCAGCAAAAUGUUCAAGCGCCUGUUCAACAGCCUGUUCAGCAGUAUGCUCAACCUAACCAGCAAAUUCCUGUUCAACCAGGCUACCAACAACAAACGCAGCCUAUUCAACCAGUCCCACAAGUAACUCAGCAAGAACAACCUCAACAAUCAUUCCAACAGCAAUUGCAACAACAGCUUCAACAAUCACUUCAACCUGGUGGACAGCAACCACCACAACAACAGCCUGUUCAGCAAUACACAGAACAGAAAGUUGUUGAAGUUCAGCCAGCUGAUAGUACAGCUCCUCCAUUAGAUUUGAAAAAUCCAUACUAUCAAGGUGCGGUGCCAGUCAAAGCGGCAGAUACUGGCUCAUCAGCUACAAGCACGAAUACUGUUGAAACUUCAACUGCACCACCUCCUCUUCCAGGUCCAAGAACCUAUACAAGAGCACCAGUUGCUCCACCUCCAGUACAAAAUGAAGCACCAGCACAAGGUCCAGCUUCAAUUCGGCAACCAGUACAAGCACCGAUUCCAGGCGCUAUAAACACCCAAGCUACUGCACAACAGAUCGGUCCAGCCUCGCCAUCAAUUCAGUCUCCAGAUCUUUCUAAGCUUCCAGUUCCUCCAAGACACCAAGCUGUAAGUCCAUCUAUAAAGUCACCUCAAUUAACUGGUGGAUCAGCCAAAAGUGGCACAUCGUUACCACCAAGAAAAACAACCAGUGAUAAAUUGGAAAGUGAAAAGAAUGAAGAGGUCCAUCGUGGUAUAGCUGGUUCUUAUGAUUACAAAAUUGAUGUCAAAUUUGCGCCUCCUCCAAGACCUCGUGGCACAACACCAGCUGAACAUCACAAGAAACCAAGCGCUGUUUCCAAAACUGGUACAGGUUCUUCAAGACCUGUUCCUCCAGCUCCACCAGCAAGAAGCCCAGCCAAUGCAUCACCUGCACCACCUUCAAGAGAUAGGUCAAGUGUUGUUCCAACGCCAAUUCCUUCUUCACAUGAACAUGAAAACAAUGAAGCUCCACCUCCACCCUACACUCCUCAUCAAAAUGCAGAGACACCAGCGUCAACUGAACCUGUUGCUCCUCAAUCUGUUUUGAAUCAAUUUGCUCCACCGCCAAAACCUUUUAGAAGAACUCAGGAUGGUGCCACGAAUUCACACAAUGUUAAACCAGAACGUCCAGUUCCAACUCCAGCUCCAAUUUCAGCAGCUUCUUCAUUCUCAUUACCACCACCGGCACCACAUCGUUCAGAAUCUGAAGAGUCAACAAAACCAAAGAAACAACCACCUCCAUUGAAACCUAAACCGUCAAAUAUUAGUGCUACAGAUGAGGAGGCUAAAUCAAAGAAGGCUCCACCACCUUUAGCUCCAAAACCAUCAGGUAUUAAUGUCACAAAGAAAACACCACCACCUAUUGCAGCUAAGAAACCACAAAUUUCAUUACCUGAAAAGAAGUCAUCACCACCAGCUAUUCCAAAAAAGAAACCGAGCUUCCAAGCUAACUCUGCUUUGGCUAAUGAUUUUUCAAAAGUUGUUUCUGAAUUACCUCAAAAAAAUAAGGAUAAAGUUGAAGCCACCAGAGUUAAUAGUAAUGUUAGUAAAAGUGAUAUAGGAGCUACAAAGAAGGAUGAAGAUGAGGAAGAAGAAGAAAAUCCAUUUAAACGAUAUCUAAAGAAUGCGGUUCCUAAAGAAAAUGAUCGUUUCCAUAGAAGUUAA